AUGAAGGUGUACUCUGUGAUUCCCUGCAUGGGCUGCACCCUCUGGCAGGGGCUCCUGCUCACAGCGUCCCUUUUAAUAUGCUGGCAUCCAACCACCACUGCCGAAGUCACCAUUGAAUCAGUGCCGUCCCAAGUGGUCAAAGGAGAAAAUGUCCUUUUCCUUGUCCAUGAUCUGCCAGACCAUGUUUUAUCCCUAACCUGGUUCAAAGGCGAGGCAAUAAUAGACAAUGCAAUCGCAUUGUAUGCACCGAAUGGCAAUGUACGUGCACUCGGGCCUUUACACAGUGGUAGAGAGACAAUGUACCAAAAUGGAUCCCUGUGGAUUCAAAAUGUCACCCAGAAUGACACAGGAGUCUAUACUCUAGGAAUCUUAAGAACACCAACAGAAAAUGUAUCAACUGCAUCCACGUACCUUCAAGUGCUCUCUUCUCAUUGUGAGUGCCCAUCCACCUGUGCCCAGCCCACUAUUGAACCAGUAAUGCACAGCACUGCAGAAGGAGCAAGUGUUCUUCUAGUGGCUCACAGUAUUCCAGAGAAUCUUGAAGCCUUUUUAUGGUACAAAGGAGCUAUUGUGUCCAAGAACAGUGAGGUUGCCUGGCACCAUGUAGCCAGCAGUACAACUGUAUUUGGCCUUGGUCACAGUGGUAGAGAGAUAGUGUACAGUAAUGGAUCCCUGCUGCUCCAGAACAUCACCUGUAAUGACACCGGAUUCUACACCCUACGCACUCUGAAUACAGAUCAGAAAACUGAACUAGUACAUGUGAAACUCCAGUUUGACACCUGCAGGCUUCCUCCCAGUGCUGCUAAGCUCUCUAUUGAAUCAGAGCCACUCAAUGUUGUUGAAGGGGAAAAUGCUCUCCUGCUGGCUCACAAUAUUCCAGAGAAACUUCGAGCUUUUUCCUGGUCCAAAGAGAUAGACAUUGUCAACAGACUUAAAAUUGCAUCGAAGUUAACUGCUAAGAAAAGUUGGCUGGCACCCGCUUACAAGAAUAAAGUGACCAUGUACCCCAACAUAUCCCUGCUGUUCCACAACACCACCCAGGAGGACACUGGAUUAUACGUCCUACAAACCGUAAAUAGAAAGUUUGAAGUUCAAGAGGCACAUGUGUACCUCCACAUAUAUAAGCCUGUGACACAGCCGAUUCUCCGAGUCAUCAGCACCACAGUUCCAGAACAGAGCUCUGUGGUCCUCACCUGCCUCUCAGGUGAUACUGGAGUCUCCUUCCAUUGGAUUUUCAAUAAUCACAGUCUGCAGCUUACAGAGAGGAUGACACUGUCCCCAACAAAGUGCCAACUCUUCAUCGAUCCUUUCAGGAGUGAGGAUGUUGGAGAGUAUCAAUGUGUGGUGUCCAACCCAGUCAGUUCAAAGACCAGUCUCCCACUCAACUUGGUCAUGAAGAAUGCGUGACUUCUCUCCUCUCAUCCUACAGA